AUGAGGCUCCCCUUGGAAAUCUCAUCGCGAGAAGCGCUAGCAGCACCCACCGAUGUUUCACAGAUACGCAUCCAAAGCGUCGUCAUCUUGAUUGUCUCAAUAUGUUCCAUUCUUGGGGCUGGUUGGAUCAUACUUAACUUUUUUUGCUUCAAGAACCUAAGAUCUUUCCGUCAUCAGCUUAUUCUCGGUCUUGCCAUUAGUGAUUUUAUAAUGGCACUCAACUUUUUGCUCUCUACAUCCAUGAAUAUCAGCAAACGUUACAUUCAAGCUCCCGAGCAAGCCGCGUUCUGCAAUUUCAACGGCUUCAUGACUCAAGUCUUCGUUGUUCAGACAGAUUACUGGGUUUUGACCAUAUCGAUCUGCACAUACCUCAUUCUUGCCGACCACAAGCAUUUGACUUCUUGGGUGCAAGAUCAUGAAAAAGUCCUCUUUCUCAUUCCAUGGAUGUUAAGCCUGCUUUGGGCUGGGCUAGGCCUGUGGCUGGCGGGAUAUGGAGAUAUCGGAGCCUGGUGCUGGUUUACCUCGGAUAAAGUCCGUCUGCUGGUCAACUUCGUGCCACGCUGGAUCAUCAUCGUUGCAAUUCUUGCCAUGUACUCUCGGCUCUACUUCUUUCUCCACCGUGCUCACAGAAGUUUCCUCUCCUUUGGAGAUUCGUCAUCCGAGCCUCAUGGUUCUUGUCGUACCAUUGAUGGAGCUGUAGAAAUGCGUGGUGCAGCGAGAGGGUUAGCCGAGGGCGCCAACCAUGCUGCACAAGGGCGUUAUGGAUCGGAAAAGACGAUCAGAAGACUCAAGAUGACAGCUCGACUGAUGCUUAUGUAUCCCGUCGCAUACAUGCUUAUUUGGCUACUUCCUACAAUCAUUCGAAUCUACCAAGCUACACGCGGUCGUCCAGCUCCAUUCGCACUGCAGACAAUUGAUAAGAGCUGUAUCGUCAUUCAAGGACUUGUUGAUGCAGUUAUAUACGGAAUGAACGAGGGUUCUCGCAGGCAAUGGCGCGAGCUUCUGUUCAAUUUUAGGGUCUCAGGCCCGAGUGGUAGCACUGGACCUCAAGUAAACAAGACACAGACGGGUCAAGGCAUCGUGACUAUUCCGACUAAUAGAGCGAUACGCAAUGACUCAGCUUCAAGUUUCGAGAAUAUUCUUACUGCAACAGAGAGUACGGAACGGAUAACACGGGAUCCGCAGAUGUAA